GAAAACUUCUGACUUUUUUUUUAGACAUGGGAAAAUCACUUUCUCACCUGCCUAUGCACACAUGCAAGGAAGAUGGCUAUGAUGGAAGCUCAUCUGAUAACGUGAGGAAUGGUUUAGUUCACUCAGAAGUGCACAAUGAAGACAGCAGAUGUGGAGAUGUGUCACAGUUUCCCUAUGUGGAAUUCACAGGAAGAGACAGUGUCACCUGCCCAACCUGCCAAGGAACAGGAAGAAUUCCACGAGGGCAGGAAAAUCAGCUGGUAGCCUUAAUUCCAUACAGUGAUCAAAGGCUGAGGCCAAGAAGAACAAAGCUCUAUGUGACUGCUUCUGUAACUGUGUGUUUACUACUUUCUGGGCUGGCUGUAUUUUUCUUGUUCCCUCGCUCGAUUGACGUUCAGUACAUUGGUGUGAAGUCGGUGUAUGUCACUUAUGAACAGGAUAGGCGGAUAAUCUACCUAAAUAUUACGAACACACUUAAUAUAACGAAUAACAACUAUUACUCUGUUGAAGUGGCAAAUAUCACAGCCCAAGUUCAGUUUUCAAAAACAGUUAUUGGCAAAGCACGGUUAAACAACAUCACCAACAUUGGUCCGCUGGAUAUGAAACAGAUUGACUAUAUGGUGCCCACAGUCAUACAAGAUGAAAUGAGCUACAUGUAUGACUUCUGUACUUUACCAUCUAUCAAAGUACAUAACAUAGUAGUGAUGAUGCAAGUGACAGUGACAACCUCAUACUUAGGCCACCCUGAGCAAAUAUCCCAGGAGAGAUACCAGUAUGUGGACUGUGGAGGAAACACGACUUACCAGCUGGGCCAGUCAGAGUAUUUAAAUGUCCUUCAGCCUCCACAGUAAAAGCACCUGUUGGUUGGUGUGGAAUGACUGCUGUUGGUGCUUGCAGAGAUCCUUUGGAUAGAGCUGGUGGAGUGGAGAGUACAUGCGAUGUACAGCAUAGCAAACAUGGAGAUCUGUACACUUUAGAUGCAAAGAGGGAAAGGUGCAAAUUGUAAAUAGGUGCACUUGUUAAAUGUUGUGUUUUCCCCUUCUGUUUGCUUUCUGUUACUGUAAGCACUUCUGUCAAGUUGUGUGGUGGGGGGGAGAGGGGGGAAUAUCAGAUUUUUGAACAGAACUGGGACUUUUCCUUACAGUGUGGUACAUCAACUUAGAGUAACUGUGUGUAUGUCUGUGUUUAGGUGAAAUGUCUCACUAAUGAGCAUUUUUUCAAAAUAAUACUCAUAAAUUUUAAGUUUAUAAUUCAGUUCUUGAUAUUUGACUAUUGAAAAUGCAGUAUUACUACUUAAAUAACAAGAUUACUUUGAGGUGUCUGGGUAUGAAACUUCUAUUAGUAACCCAGUGGCAACAGUUCUUUAUUCUGGGAUUCUACACUUUAUUUGCUAUCCAUGAUUAGAGGUGACAUGCAGUCUAUGACAGCCAGGAAAAACUGGAUGACACUAUAGUUGAAUGUGCAGUUUAUAGAAUCUGGCAUCUUUUCAUUCAUAUUCCCUCUUGCUACCUCUGGGAUGUUGUAAGGAUGUUAUAAGGAGAAUAUAUAUUGUUAGAUUUAAAUCUGGGUUUAAAACUAAACAAGAAACAACCCCCACAACAACUACUGACAAAGGAAAGACACAAGACUCUAGAAAACGAACAAGACUUUACAAGUCUGUUUUUUAGUAAGCUUUUUAGAACAGGUAUUAAAAUCAAGAUUGUGCAGUUAGAACUAGGUGGGAAACUUUGGGCAUGGGUUUGGAGACCUUGGUGUAAUUUUUUGUGAUUUUUACUGUUUUAAUAUAUUAUGUACCUAAGCAACUUUUAAGUGUUAAUAUGUUGGGUUGUCUUUAUUUCUUGCACAGGCUCAAUAAGCAUAUGCAGUAAUUAUCUGUACCUCCAGAGCACUCAAUGGUCACAUCAAAAUCAUGCAAGGGAAGAUGAAUCAAUUCUUUCUGUAGGAGUAAAUGCUUAUGUAAUUGUGAGGUUACUGACUGACAGCAUGAAAUAGUUUCUGUAGCACAGUUUGCACAUGCGAAUUUCUGGGGUAAUUGUCAAUCAUGAUUAUAAGCUUUGGGUCCAAAGUUGUUUGACUCCUGAAGGCUGACUGUUACGAGGGUUAACUUUUUAAUGAGCUAGAUCAGGAUUGCUUUAUUUCUGAACUAGGUGAGAUGCAGCUGUAAGAAGGUACUGUUGAGACUGUUGCAUUGUAAUGAAUAAUGUAUUUUUUAAAAUAGCUAUUACUGGUUUUGUGCUGCCUAUCUCCUGGAAAUAAGCUACACAAAAUUAAUUGAUAAUAAACACAAUAGAAAAAGGCUUCUGAGUAACUUGGCACUAACAACCUCUAAUGCUCCAGUUCUUCAGUACAUUAUUCUUUUCUUUACUGGCCUCUUAGAUGGACCUAAGGGGGUGGGUAGGCAAAAAUUGUGGAUGAUGUAAGAUUGAUUUGAAAGACAUUAAGUAAAUACCCCUACCCUCCACCCUUUGAAUUGCUAUGAGCACUUACUCCAAGAGUCUAUGAAAACUUUUGGAACCUCAACUGUCAGUUUCAUGUAGUUGUUGAUAAGAUGACUUCAUCUUUUGUCUUUAGAGAAUUUCUGUAACUGGAGUAGUCAAUUGAGAUGACUUAUCGUAGUUAUAGUCUAAAGAUUAUUCUUGAUUUUGGGCCCUUAGAAGUAAACAUUAUUACAGCUCAGAGUCAUGAGGGAAAUUAGUUCACAACUGACUCACCUGUCUAGAGUUUAGAUGAGGUUCAGUCCUGUGGCUGCUAAAAUGCAUUGAUAAGCUUGUCUGAUAGCCUGAAAAGAUACAUGUGAUACCUGAAGACCAGGAGAGUGGGGAGCUGGCUAGAAGCAGAGCGAUAAACUCAUGAUACCUGUUGUAGAAAGGUAUGCUAAUAACAGAGAGUAGAGAGAGAAUUCUGGUUUAAAUCAUAUUUGAACUGAAGUCUGCCAGCAAGUGAUACAGGCUCUUUUCUUCUAGGCUUAAAUAUUUACACACUAGAGUGCUAUUUUUGUUUGGGGGUUGUUUGUGAUUUUUUGAAACAGAAAAAGAACAAAAUGGCUGUAGGCAGUUAGUUAUAUUGAUUUAAAACAAAUUUUUCUUCCAAGAAUGAAAAGUAGUCUAAAAUAACUGGAAUGGUACAAUGAUUCAAUUAUUCAGUGACAGUAGUGAAUGCUGCUUUUGAACAAGCAUGGCAGGAAGGAUGUUACACUUUAUGCAACAUUGAGACUCAAACUGGCUUUUGAAAUUUUGGUGGACAUGCUGAGCAAAAUUAAUACUUAAAUCUGUGGUUCUUAACCUUGCAUGAAAUGCUUGGCAUUAGCUAAUUUAAAUUAAAGAACUGAGUGGAGUUAUUCUUUCCAUGUAUGUGUCAGAAGGGAGAAAAUAAAAGUCAGGUUUUUUCAUCUAGGAUAUCUAAACAUCAAUUUGCGGUUGACUUCCUGAGCGAUGAAGAGUUCUCAUCUUAAGAAACAAGCUGUGGGUUAAAGAUCCUACUGAAUUCUCAAAUUAAGUCAGUAAUGGGAGAAUAAAAGGCUUAAAGUUCCAAGUGCUAGUAUUCCCUUGCACAACUGUCAGUAUAUCACUAACCAAAUAAGGCAAGUAUUUAAAUUUAUCUGCUGAUUUUAAUAUAACAUCAGAUAAGCAGGUAAAACAUCUGUGUGAAUAUUUAACUUAUACUUGCUUUAUGUGACUGAGCUUGGAAACAUGCUAAGGGAGCAAGGGAAUUCAGUAUUAACUUGUAUAACUGUGUAAACAAGGUAUCAGUAUAGAUCCAAGUACCAGACCUUUUUUUCACAUUCAUUUUAUCUUGAUCUUAAAAUAUAAAAGGCAAUCCUUUCAGUUAAUCUGUAAAUCAAUAAAUAUAAUUCUCUCCAGAAAGUUGGCUUGAAAAAUUACAACUUUUUUCUUUGUUUAUCUUAUGUGUGUCUUCUGAAGUGAUUCAUAUUUCACUUGUAACUUCUCUAGUUUUCACACACUAUCAAAUGGCUUUAUACUGGUAUUGCAGAGUGUUUAUCUCUAGUAGAAUGCUUUUCACUUGAAUACUUCAUAGCAGUUCCUUUACCAAAACCUUUUGCACUUUGAAAUGGAAGCUCUGUUAAUUAUUUCUUAAAACAGUAAGAAAUAUAGUUCAGAUGUUGCACUAUAAUGGCACUGCUGAAAAUCAACUUAAUGUAUUCUGUUUAAAAUAACUGUAAAAUUUCAAAAUUUUAGCUUAAGUAAGUAUGGAACACUUAAAACACUUAAGAAUGUUUGGCCACUGGGGAACAAAGUUAUUGCACAUUUCAAAUACACUGCUUUAAAAAUAAAUGAAUAAAUAACCAUCCAAGAUCCAAACCAUCCAAGAUCUAACCAUCAAAUAUCUAUUUGGAGAGAUUUAAAGGGACGCACUCUUACUAAAAGGUGAAAUACGUGACAUUCUUGAAUUCCUGGUGUGGGAAAAAGCUUGUAGAAGUUAAUUCAUAAUUUCUUUACUCAUCUCAAUGUCAUGGGGAUGGUUGGUUAAUUCUUAAUCUUUUGUGAAGAGAAACAUAAGUAUCUUUUUUUCCUCUGUGGUAUAACUUUGAAGUUCUUAAUGCACUUCUGAUGUGUGCAUGACCUUGAUAUUAACAUUGUAGUGUUUAUAUUUUGCAGCCCGAUGUUGGCAGAUUUGAGUACAUGUUUUAGUUGACUUUGCUUCAACUUGUCCUUGAAGUUCUGCAAGUGAAUAUAUUUUUUCAUAGGUAGUGCAUUUGCAAAUUUGCCUGGGCUUUUUAGCAUGUGGUAUAUAAAGGGAACCAUUUAAACACCGAAUCUCUUAAGUGCUUGGAUUGAACCAUGAGGGUCUUUAACCUCUGAAGUGUUGUGCCCUCAUGAUGGAAAGGAUGGUGCUUGGAGUGGUAUGAGAGAAAUUUCUAUAUUCAGAAAAUGUUAAAAGAAAAAUCACGGUGUAUCUUAUUCAGCAUUUUAGGUUUCCUUUUUUCCUUCUUUUUUGAGUGGUGGUGGGUUUUCUUCCUGUGGUUUUGUUUUUCUUCCCACCCCACUAAUCUUAUAGCAAGACAUCUGUCUGUUCCCAGACAGCAGCUUCUGAAAUGGGUGACUUCUUCCAGAGUUGGGCAGCUGCAGGAAGCUUCACAUCACCUGAACUGCACCUCUAGAGUUAAGAGAUGAGAAAGACUAGCGCACUGGUACCUCAAGAGCUAAUUUUUUUUACUUGCCUAACAAAAUGCCACAACCAGGCUUUCUGCCAUGGAAAGGGAAGGAUAAAUAAUGCAAGUGCAAUCAAUAUACUUCAACAAUGGGCUACUUGCAACCCUCAAAAUGUUUGUUAGUGAUGGCCCUGGUCAUGCCAAAAUGUCUCAUUUUUUAAUUUUGGCCCAAGGAAGGAGAAAUAGAUCCCAGCCAAAAGAUGCUGAGAACAAUUAUUUGGCUGCGGCAAACACCCAGUGUUUGUUCCACUUCAGAAGUCACCUUCCUAAAUUAUGUUUAGCUUGGGAAUGCUGAUCAUUACCAGAGGGGUAUUUUGGGUUAAUUCUACUUCCUACAGCUUUUACCACAUAAAUCUGCUUUUCCAUGAGUAGGCAGACCUGUUGGCCAGGAAAAACAGUCUGCAUGAGAUCUGCACACUUCAUGUGGAGAGCCCUGCAGUCUAGUGGGAGGCUGUUCAGUGGCAGUAACAUCCUGAUCCUCAUACAUUCCUCUUCCAGCCAUCUCAAGGAUCCUACAACUUGGAUGCAUGUGUUUCCUGGGUACUGAAACUGCUUUUGCUUUGCAUGGGCAGGGAUGUUUAGUACCACACAUGUAAGUGUAUUAUGGUGCCUGAGUAUUUUGGGUCUGACUGACUGUGAUUCAGUUCUUUUGUUUGUUUUAAGGAAGCAAAUUUAACUGCUGUUAACAUCAACUGUACAGAGUGUGCAUAUAAUAGCUUGAGAUAUGUAUAGAAAUACUAAUGAGUGAUAACUAUUUUUGUAACUUAAGAUGUUCUUGUAACUGUGUAGCAAACAAUCUAUCCAGUAAAGCAUGAUAAACACUCUAGAAGUCAGAGUAUUUUGGAAUGACUUGUAGGACACAGAAGCUAUGUUAAUGUAAGCUAACUGGGGCGCAAGGCAUCUUGGUAUUUAGAGGUUCAAAAUCUGGACCUAACUUCAUUAUAUGUUUCUAGACAGGAUUGUUUGACUCAAAGAAUGAUAUUAAAUUUUAUAUUUAAAAAGCUUGGAUCACGUAUAUAUUUUUUUUUAAAACUGACUUAAUAUUUUUUUUCCCCUUCUUCCCUGCCUCACAUAAGUUUUCCCUCUCUCUCACCAUAUUUUCCCACUAGCUUUCAUGUAUUUUCAAGGAUAUGAAUUCAGAUUUUGUAACUUGGCAUUCCAUGAUGUGAAGACUUUGCAAUCUACUUUUUUUAUACUAUGUUUUAUUGUGUUAAGUCUGUAAUAAACUUGAGUAUCUGAAAGCUGA